AUGCGCUGGUGGUGUUUAUUGGUGCUGGCUGUUGUGUUGUGCGGUUCUUCCGCCGCAGCGGCGGAGGGGCUUGCGUUGGGAGCGUGGGCGCCCGGCACGCCACCGUUGCAUGUGGGGAUCAUCUGCAUUCCCCUCCACGGCCACUUCAAGCCGCUGCAGGUGAUUGGGGAGGAGUUCGCGAGGCGGGGCCACCAUGUCACGUAUUUCAUCGAAAAUCCCAAUUGGUGUGAGAUGGUGCGUCAGGCGGGAGGGGCGGUGGACUGCGUCGCGCUCCCCUCACAUGGUGUGUUCAGCGCCUCUUUCUUUGCGAAGAUUAGUCGCAUGGAGACGAUUCUGCCCGCCUUCGAAGAUAUCUUCAACGAGUCGGUCCGCCAUCAUGAGGUACACCUCGACGACUACCUUCGUGCAGCCAAGGAGGUGCACGCCAGACACCCGCUGAGCAUGGUGCUAGGUGAUGUGUCGACCUUCGCCGGCGGCUCUGUGGCGGCGGCGCUGCGCAUCCCACUCGUCCUGCUAUUUCCCCUCACGACAAUGUUACCUUUGGGCGUCUCCAGCCAUCUGCCCAUGAUGGGAACCGGCUGGCCAGCACGAAUGGACACCUGGAGGCGACUGAUGAACUAUGUUUUGAAGAGUGCAGUCGUGGCGUUUCCACAGUCACUGGAGCGCCUGAACGCUGGGCGGGCCCGUCACGGCAUUCCACCUCUCCACAAUGGCUAUGAAUUAGGAGGUUGGUACGACACCGUUUUGGCCCCCACGGUGUGGGGUUUCGAUAUCCCACAUGAGCUCUGUCCAAACUUUCACCCUCUGGGGUUGUUAAACUUCCCUGAGGAUCGCACACCCCCUCUUGAAGCUGACCUUGCCGAAUUUCUUGACGACCAGUGCAAAGCACAUGGCGCCGUCUACGUUAAUUUCGGCACGCUGGCUGUUCCGCAGCGUAGCCACCUUGAUCAUGUAGCCAAGGCCCUUGAACAGCUUCCGUUUUGUGUCGUCUGGAAGCUCAAGGAGGAGCAGAAGAACUUCGUUAUGCAAAAGUAUUUCGGGGGGAGUGCAAAGAGGACGUACAUCCGUCCCUAUUUCAAUUCCCCUUUCAAAAUCAUGCGCCACACGCGUGUGGUGGCGUUCGUUUCGCACUGCGGCGAUGCCUCCGUUCAUGAGGCGCUAGAGGCCCAAUUGCCCAUUGUUGGUAUUCCUUUUUUAGCAGACCAGGCUGAUGUUUGCCAGCGCGUGGAGGAGGCGGGUAUUGGAAAAUACAUUGGGCGCAAGAGCCACUUUACAUCCGAUGAUUUGUCAGGAGCAAUACGGCUCGUCACACAGGCAUCGCGCCGGAAGCAGUUACUCGGCAACAUGGCGCGACUUCUCCAAGUCUCCAAGUUUCNAUACGGCUCGUCACACAGGCAUCGCGCCGGAAGCAGUUACUCGGCAACAUGGCGCGACUUCUCCAAGUCUCCAAGUUUCUCGGAGGUGCAAAGAGGGCCGUUGACAUCCUACAAGAUCGGUGGUACAAUCACCUCCUCGGCAGGAACACAUCCCUUGAGAAUUGCGUCAUUUUUAACGACGGGCUGGAGUCCGAGCUGCACCCGCUGCGCGCAGGGCAGUUUGACAUUUUUGCGCUGUGGUUUCUCGCCGCGCUGGUGUUGUGGUUGCUUGCCUUCGCCUCUGCAGAGAAGCUGA